AUGUUUGUGGCGAAUUCAAGUGCUGACGCGCCAGACGAGGACGAUAAUUAUGCUACCCAAACCCCUCGAGCAACAGAAAGUAGAAACCAGAUGUACUUUCAAGACAGGAAGCGAGCACCUCCAAAGGCUAGGCUCUUGACACACAUACCUGCUUCCGAUGAUGGCGAUCCCCUGCUUCCCCCACCCUACAUACAUAGCCCUCGUAGCUGGACGUGUAAUUCAGUCGUGAUGGAAGCUGAGAGAGAAAUUGGUGUGCCUACACUACCUGACUCGGAUAUGAAAGUUAACUGUGACGAGCCAGUAAGUGCCGAAAACGAAGAUAGCUAUGAAAGUUACAUGCCCACAUUUGCUGAGUAUAUGAGUCUAAUGAAGAAAGUAGAUGAAGAGGAACUCGCAAAUCACAGUACAUCAAGUGAGUCGAAUGGCUCGCCCAAUGCUCUACACCACGAAUUCGUCGCCGCAUUGAGCAGCAAAAAAAUAUCCCUACAAGAAAGCGAUAUAUCGCCCGCGAAUGAUGCAAAUAUUGGUAGCAGUAGAGCACCUCAUCGAGAGACACCGACGUAUCGUGACAGCUUCAGUCGUGCUCAGUGUAUGAGGACACCACGUCUCAACUCACUGGCGAAAAUCAACCCACAUGCACCCCCGAAACCAGCACGUGUCCAUCUCAAUAGGAAGGCCACAACAGAUAUUAAACACGAAACCAAGACAUUGAAGUAUAACAAUCUGUAUUCUUCUGAUGCGGAACGAGAAAGGAAACAAUUAUUUGCGGAGACGGAAGCACCAGAGCAAUGUCUGAGAGAUACUGCAGUCGGGAUACCUGAAGUGCACUCUUCAAGCGGUCUCUGCAGGGUGACCAGCAACGGGCUCUGUGAGUCGCCAGGACAUCUAGCAGUAAAAGACUACGGCUUGUCAGAGACGGAACACUGUACAGACAUAUCAACACAACCGCAGUACACAAGCCAAUCCGAGGAUUGCGUUAAUUGUGCCGAGGAUGUGAAUGAGUCAACCAGGGAAGUGAGUGGUAAUUGCAGCGGGACAGAAGGAUUUGUAGUCGAUUGUGAAGAAUCGACAAAUUGUUUAGCUGGAUAUCCGCAAAUCUGCAAAAAUAGUCCAGCAUCAUUUCCAGUUGGGUCGAUUAGGACCCUUACAAGUGCAGACAGUGAGCAUUCAGCACGUGGAGGGUCACUGAUGCUUCCUCGCUUGACGAGCUUCACAUCGCACUCUGAGGUACCUCUCGCCAAUUCGGGUGUGAGAAGGUCCACCCCUGGUUCACCCAUAGCCCAUGGUGUGUGUUUACCCGGACAAACGAUGGUUGAAUUGUUCGGAGAUUUUGAUCAGGAAUACGACGUGCCUGAGCAUACAACUGUUGUCAAUUCUGUUGAGGCUGACAGCGAGAUAGAUCCGGCAAUUAUUCGUACUCGGAGAGUUCAAAGAGUUUCAGCGGUCAAUCCUACUGUGGCGGCAAACUCAGCUGGCUACCACGAGCAUCUCAAACCGACAUCACAGGGAGAUAAGACCAGCAUCCCCAAUUGUAACACUGCGCAGCACAAGAUUUCCUUGCUUGGCCCUCGAGAUAAGAUAUUGAUCGCCAAAUUGCUGGAGAUUCCAAUCUUAUACAAUGAUGUGCAGUUCCUCCGUUUGCACGGAAUCCACAACCAGCCAGCAAACGCAACCGGUUUUCUCACAAUUUGGCGAGAUGCUAUCGACUUUUCGUAAUCAAUAUUGCCUGAUAUCCAGUGGCUUGACACCAUUAACAACGCCGCUUUCAUAGCGACGCAAGCGCAAAUCGAGGAUGAUUCGCCGCACCUGCUCAGCGGACACGUCUUGAACUGGUAUACAAAGAGCGACAGAUGAUCGUCCUCCGAAAUCUACGUGUCAUGAGUCAGGGCAAAGUGGGACGAAUGUUUGUCGGCAGUUCCAAGACAUCACACAACCUAGAUAUUUUGCACACAAUCAUCGAUCGGAUGGUGCUUGCUAGGUCAGAGAGCACGUGUUCAC